CUGGACCAGUUUAUGAACGGUUCCCUUUUCCUAUUGCAAUCCGAUUAAAUUAUCCUUAAGCAAUUUAUGUGACACACAUAGAAUAAAACAGAUACAAUCACUGAAUCUUUAAACACUCGUAAAAAUGGACAAAUGAGACGAGCUCUGCGCAAAAAUGCGCCCGGAACGUUUAUACGUCUCAGGCGGCUGCCGGACAGUUGAUUGUGCUGCACAGGGAAACGUGCAUGGACGACAUUGAGGUCUUCUGAGAGGGGAAAUCAUGUAUAGAAGAUUGUUAAUAAAUAUUUAUCAGGUUCGAAGUGGAUUAAUUCAUACGCAGAAUGCACGACUACCUUCCACAAAAUGUAAAGAGAGGGAGAGCCUUGCUUCUGGUAUCUGGGCCCCGUGUACAGCAAGGCCAUUAGGAACCAGUAGCAUCUCUUUUAGUGGAAAUAAAGAGAGCUCCACAUCCCUGUCAGAAGGCAAAGAAAAUGAACCAGAAAAGAAUGAGGCCAAUGCAGAGGUUAACACUGAUGGGCAGAAUGCAGAAGUUAAUGAGGUCACUGAAAAUUCACAGCAAACACUGACAUCACAGUUAGAGACUGAACCAGUGGUUAAACCUGAGGACAGCAAACAGGUUGAAAAGACAAAGAGUGGAAAGGAGAGUCUUUUGGAGCUACUCGGGGCAAUGAAGGUGGAGGUCACAACUGCACGCAAAAUAAGACCCUCAAAGACUUCAAGAAUGAGUGAGAGGCCCGACCAAGAGCCCAUGGAAAGCGCACACAGCAUGUUCCAGCAUGCCGCAGCUGAAGGUUCACCACAGCAUGGGACCUUGAAUCCAGCACUGGUUGCUGCAGUCUCUGCUGCCGCAUCCACACUGCCAAACAAACAUCAGGCAGAGUCAGAGCUUCUUAAGCAGCUGAGGAAACAUGAGGCUGUACCUGACACCCAUAGGAGAGCAGAUGGACAGAACAUAGGACACAUAAUUGCCGAUAUGAAAGUCGGAAGGAGGCCGAAUGGCAGAUCAAACGCCAGACCUACCAGUCAGAUUCGUUUUGACGAUGACGGAAAGGGAUAUACUCAAGAAAGAGGCAUUACCGGUGAACUUGAUGGCGUCCGUAAAAGGAAGAGUCCUUUCACUAGUAAGAGGCUGAACAUCUUUACUGCAGGUGUGGAGCAGGACACAUUGUCAGAUCUGGGCCCUACUCUUUGGGACAUUGAUCUAGCUAAUCAUAUUGUUCAGACAACAAAUCAGAUGCCUCGGAAUGGCUUUGAGGAGAUGAUCCAGUGGACCAAAGAGGGCAAACUUUGGCAAUAUCCAAUCAACAAUGAGGCUGGACUGGAGGAGGAGGCGAGUGUGCCCUUCCAUGAGCAUGUGUUCCUGGAGAAGCACCUUGAUGAAUCGUUCCCACGACAGGGUCCAGUCAGGCACUUCAUGGAACUUGUAAUCACAGGCCUCGCAAAGAAUCACCACCUCACGGUUCAGCAGAAAAAGAACAUAUUGACUGGUUCAGAGACUACUUCCGACAGAAAGAUGAUGUCCUGAAAGAGGCUGAGGCAUAACUCAACUAUGGAUCGGACAAAGAUAGAAGAUGGUUUCGGAUGCUUGUACCGAAUGCCCUAGAACCAGCUAGUUAAGAUCCUAACAGCAGUAAUAAUUAGCAAAACUCCAUAACCAGAUUAAAAGACUGAAUUAUUGUUGUUGUUUCUUAAUGGUCAGCUGUGUUAUAAUACACAACCUGCUCCAAAUUGUCUGAUUUUUUUGUGUUAUUUACUAAAACAUACUAUAACUGUUUAUCAAUAAACAGUCUGGAUAUUGUG